CACACUAUCUAAUUGGUUGAAAUUUAAAUGAGUCAAACUAAAUUCAGGUGGGUCAUAUUAAUUAUAUUAGCACAAAGGAAUGAAUGAGUCCAAGCAAGAAAUGAUUUGUGAAGUUUAAUCAUAGCAGCAACAGCAAUAUUAUUGCCUUUGGUGAGUAGAGUAUCAAACAAGGAAAUUGGCAAAAACAAAUCACAUGUUUUUUGACUUGGAGGUCGGAGUGAGGAAUAUCAAUCACUACUAGUAAGCUAAUUCCCAUACAAUCCAAUCAUAAAUAUCCAAAUACAAGAAAGUGUCGUGAGAUGGACAUUCUUUUUUUCAUGAUUAUGAGUAUGGUGAUUUCUUACAUAAUUGUCCCCUCUAUUCUAGCAAGUAAUUCCAUCAGUGCGUCUGAGUCUUUAACUGACGGCAAAACCUUAGUUUCAAAAGGUGGACAGUUUGAGCUGGUUUUCUUCAGUCCAGGCAAUUCUACAAGACGUUACCUUGGAAUUUGGUACAAACAGAUUCCUAUACAGAAAGUUGUUUGGGUUGCAAAUAGGGUCAACCCCAUCAACAAUACUUUAGGCAUCUUAACACUGACCACCUCAGGCAAUCUCAUGCUCCGCCAAAACGACUCUCUUGUUUGGAGCACAACGUCAGCGAAACAAGCAAAGAAACCAAUGGCAGAGCUCUUGGAUAGUGGCAAUCUUGUCAUAAGAAACCAAGAAGAAACAGACCCAGAAGGAGGCUAUUUGUGGCAAAGCUUUGACUAUCCCUGUGAUACAAUUUUGCCAGGGAUGAAGUUAGGAUGGGAUCUCAGAAAUGAUCUCGAACGGAGAAUAACUUCUUGGAAGAGUCCUGAUGAUCCAUCUCCAGGUGAUCUUUCUUGGGGUCUUGUGCUUCAUAACUAUCCAGAGUUUUAUCUGAUGAAUGGAGCAGUUAAAUACUGUCGGAUGGGACCAUGGAAUGGACUUCAAUUUAGUGGCCUGUCAGAUCGAAAACAAAGUUCUGUAUAUGAUUUAAAGUAUGUUGCUAAUAAUGAUUUGAAUUAUGUGUCUAAUAAGGAUGAGAUGUUUUACUCCUUUACCCUCAAGAAUUCUUCUGCCCUAGUUACUAUUACGAUAACCCAAAGCUCUUUUGCUAUCUCAGUGUGGAAAGAUACAAAAUGGUGGCAAAAUGAAGUAACCCCGGCGAGUUUCUGUGAAUUGUAUGGGGCUUGUGGACCUUAUGCUAGUUGCACACUUGCAUAUGCACCAGCUUGCCAAUGUUUACGUGGGUUCAUUCCAAAGUCACCGCAGAGAUGGGCAAUAUUCGACUGGAGUCAAGGGUGUGUCCGUAAUAUAUCGUUAAGUUGCAACACCCCACAUGUGGAUGUGGAUGAUGAGUUCAUCAAAUAUAUGGGUCUCAAAGUACCAGAUACUACACAUACUUUGUUGUAUGAGAAUAUUGAUGAUUUAGGGUUAUGCAGAACCAUGUGCUUGAAUAAUUGUUCUUGUACAGCUUUCACUAAUUCAGACAUAAGUGGAAAGGGUAGUGGCUGUGUCAUGUGGUUUGGUGAUCUAAUCGACAUAAGACAGUUUGACUCUGGUGGCCAAAAUCUCUACAUCCGUUUAGCUCGGGAAAUAAUAGAAGAGACUUCAAAUGGGCGCAACAAGACAACGACUUCAAAUGGGCGUAACAAGACAACGACUUCAAAUGGGCGCAACAAGACAACCAUAGCUGCUACCACUGCUGCUGUAAUUUCUGGGAUGCUUUUAUUUUGCAUAUAUGUGAUAUAUAGAGUCCGAAGGAGAAUUUCUGAUAAGUCAAAGGCUGAAGAUAACAUUGAAAAGCAUCUAGAGGAUAUGGAUUUGCCAUUAUUCAAUCUGCAAACAAUAUCUAGUGCCACUAACAACUUCUCACUGAAUAAUAAGAUCGGACAAGGUGGUUUUGGAUCCGUAUACAAGGGAAAAUUAGCAGAUGGGCAAGAAAUUGCUGUUAAGAGACUUUCAAGUAACUCUGGACAAGGAAUUACCGAGUUCCUAACAGAAGUAAAACUGAUUGCAAAACUUCAACACCGAAAUCUGGUUAAGCUUCUUGGCUGUUGUGUUGGAGGACAAGAAAAAUUGCUAGUGUAUGAAUACAUGGUCAAUGGUAGCCUUGACUCCUUUAUUUUUGAUAAAAUAAAUGGUAAAUUAUUGGAGUGGCCCCAACGCUUCCAUAUAAUAUUUGGAAUUGCUAGGGGACUUGUGUAUCUUCAUCAAGAUUCUCGAUUAAGAAUUAUUCAUAGAGAUCUCAAAGCAAGUAACGUAUUGUUGGAUGACAAGUUGAAUCCAAAAAUAUCAGAUUUUGGAAUGGCCAGAUCUUUUGGAGGAGACCAGAUUGAAGGAAAUACAAAUAGAGUAGUUGGAACAUACGGAUACAUGGCUCCAGAGUAUGCUGUUGAUGGGCAAUUUUCAAUCAAAUCAGACGUUUUCAGCUUUGGUGUUUUACUAUUGGAGAUUAUAUGCGGGAACAAAAAUAGAGCACUUUGUCAUGGAAAUGAGACGCUUAAUCUUGUUGGUUAUGCAUGGGCACUUUGGAGAGAGGGAAAAGCAUUGGAGUUGAUUGAGUCAAGAAUAAAGGAAUCAUGUGUAGUGUCAGAGGCAUUGCAAUGCAUCCAUGUGAGUCUGUUGUGUGUGCAACAAUACCCAGAGGAUAGGCCUACAAUGACAUCUGUGGUUCAAAUGCUAGGUAGUGAAAUGGAACUGGUUGAACCUAAAGAACCUGGUUUCUUUCCAAGGAAAGUUUCUGAUGAACCAAAUCAAAAUGAAAUUAGUUCAAAUGAAGAAUUAACCAUUACAUCGUUAAAUGGACGAUGAAACUAUUAUUAUUAUUAUUGAGUGUAUAAUAUAAUGAAUCAAAAUUUGACUGACAGAUGAUGGAUUA